AUGGAUACACAACAAAGUCCCUCCCGAUCCUCCCUGAAAACCUCUCUCCCUUCCGCCUACGCCGCCGUCAACGCAGAGCAACUGAUCGGUUCAUCCCUCCAACCGUCCCAUGACGAGCAAGAAAAGUACCUAUCAGGCCGGCCUCGCGCAACUCCACAACACCUGGGAGUUGCCCUCCAACAUGCGCACCAGAUCCAGGCCCAGAAAGAUGCCGAAACCAUGAUCCUAGACCGCAUUAUCGAUCUACUCUCGCUACCUUCCUCUCCAUCCGCCGACCCAGCCGCGCCUUCAGCUGCGGAUGCGCACGCCUUUAAAUCCGCCCUCCAUAUCUUCCGAACCGGCGACUACGAUAGUCUCAUCAUGGAACGCAAUAACGAGGGAAAUUGCGGCUACGGCCUCUGCCCGCGCGAGUAUCGCAAUCAAAGAGGCCGGAAUCAAACCUUUCAAUUCAAAUGGGGGGCUAAAGGCAGUGGACCCGGUGGUCGAGGGCGCAGCAUGGAUAUCGUGCCUCGCGACAAGUUGGAGAAGUGGUGCUCUGACGAGUGUGCAGAGAGAGCUCUUUUUAUUCGCGUGCAGCUCACUGAACAACCCGUGUGGGAGAGGCGAGCCGCUGAUGAGGGCCGCAGCACGAGUAUUGAAUUACUGGAAGAAGCGCGUGCCAAACGGCCAAAGCGGAGGACUCAAGGCUCGACAUCGGCCGCGGCUGUUGCGGCGGACCUGCAGAAAAUGAAUCUCCAAGAUCCGGAGCGCGCGCAUGAACUUGCAAUGGAGCGUGGGGAUACUAGUUUGCCAUUCCGCGGAGGCCGCGUGGAUGUUCAAAUCAAGGAAAAGGCACAAAGCAGUACACCGUCUGCAAGUGCUCCGCAGUGGCGGCCAGAGGAUGCCAAGGGUGGCUCGAUCGAGGGUUAUGUUCCCCAGGAUCGACGAGACAACGACGCAAUGGACCUCGACCAGGGCGAUUUGCUUGACCAAAUCUAG